AUGAAACAAUCGAGAAAGGCUGCCAAUGUUUCUUAUCAAGGAUUAAAGGAGUUAGUUAAAUUUGGAAAGUUUUUUGAGAUUGAAGACACUCCUGCUGUUAGCUCAAUAAAUGUUGAGGUUGCCGACGAACACGUGGCGCCCAAACCAAAGUUUCAAUUCGCCUUUGAAGAGAUUGAAGUAUCUGAUGAUGAUGAUGAUCAAGGGGAUCAAGAAAAUGAAUUGAUAGAAAAUGAGUUUGAAGAUUUUAUUCAGCAAAGUAUUUCAAACCCAGAAGAGGAUGCAGCUGUCACACCUCCAACUGAGACUGAAAGGGAAAGUGACACAGUGGUGCGAUCUUCCAUACCGACCCUUGAACAGAUGGAUGCUCUUAUAGCAGAACUUUAG